AUGAUUCCCCUGACAAGUCCUGAGCAUUCCCCAAGCCCCCCACGCACGCGCAGUCUCAGAAGUGCAUCCCGCUCUGCCCAAGAGAUUUUCAAUGAGAUUGUUUACCAGAUCCCGAAAAUCAAAGAAUUUACUGAAAUCAUCUAUGAGGACGUCGACCCUGAAGAUGGUAUCUUAAUCUGUCAGUCACUAGUGGAUGAACGAGUUGAAAGAAGAGCUGCGAGGGUUAACUUCAAUGCCUAUACCCGUACACUCCGCAUCAAAGUCAUGCCAACGGAAUUACACGACGCCCACCAACGGUGGGCUAUUAAUACCAUUGGGAGUUGGAUCUUCGAUGGACUCCUGAAUCGCCAGGAGAAGAAACUCCUGUGUGCUGGUGUUGGGACAACUUUCACCGGUUUGGCUGGAAUUUACCAAGGUUCUUACAAAGAACCAGACUUCUUUUAUAGAGCUGACAGCUUUCCCUUCCCCUCUAUUGUUAUCGAAUCGGGUUGGUCUGAGUCCUUUCCACAUCUACGGGCAGAUAAGGAUCUCUGGAUGCGAGGAAAUGCCUCUGUGGAGCUAACGAUCCUCUUGGGAUGGACAAAAACCUCCAGAGGCCGUGUUCAGGGCAACAUGGAAGUCUGGAGACGUGAUGGGGCCGGAGGCCUCAUUGUUACUGAAAUAGUUAGUAUCCUUCUAUCUCAGGUCUACGAUGGAAAGCAAAUAUUAAGAGUUCAGGCAAUAUUUCCUCCACCGGUUCCUUUACCCUUGAGUGAACGUAUUGAGUUCACUAAAGGCCAGCUCUUUGGGUCAGCUAUAAUAGCUGGCCAGAACCCAGGCACUGUACUUUCUUUUAAAGGGUCAAGGUUAAGGGAGAUCGCUGAGGAGGUGAUUGUUAAGAGGUUGGGGAUGAUACCAGCAGAGGAAAGGACAUGUCUGGUGCAGUUACUCCGGACAACAACUACCGAUACCUACGAAGAUAGCCCUGAGCGGCAAAACUCUACGCAGUUUUCCUUCUCCGUAGCGAAUAUUGUCCAUCAGGAAAUGAAGUCUGCCAUGGAUGAGCUAGAGCAGGGUAGCCCUAUGUCCGGGGUUGAAAAUGGACAGGGGGAGAACGAAGAGGACGUUGAGGAGAUGGAUGCCAAAUCGAAGGCUCUGAUGCACCUUUUGAAUACGAGUGAGGUCUUCGUGGCGAUCAUGGCAGAUAAGAUGAAGAAGCAGCAGGAAGAGGCUCGGCUUGAAGCGGCGAGGCAGCAGCAGCAACAGCAAAACCCGACAGAAUAUCAAAAGAAGAUAACCUCCACAGGCCCAGUUGGUAGGCGAGAAACGCGCGCGAGAGCGAAGCAGACUUCCGCAGAUGAGACAACACCUGCUGAGGGCGAGCAACCAGAUGAAAAGACAGCCACAAGGUCGAGAAGAGGCAGAGGCAAGAAGGGUGCUUCGGCGAUGAACGGUAACAGCAUUGCAAGCUAUUUUAAGAAAGCGGAUAUGGAAGACCCCGAAGACAAGCCGACGGUGCAGGAAGCCCUGGAACAUGCUGCGGACGAGUAUGAGGCCAACCCCAGUGCUCUAGGUGGGCAGGGCCUUGUCGCCACUCAGCAACCGGCGCUUGUUACUGGAGGGAAAAUGCGCAAGUAUCAAUUGGAAGGACUGGAGUGGCUCAAAUCACUUUGGAUGAAUGGCUUGUGUGGAAUUCUGGCCGACGAGAUGGGUCUUGGGAAAACAGUCCAGGCAAUCUCUUUGAUUGCCUUCUUCAAGGAGAAAAACGUCUCCGGACCCUUUCUGAUUGCUGCUCCGUUGAGCACAGUCAGCAACUGGGUAGAUGAGUUCGCGAAAUGGACCCCGAGCAUCAAGACGGUCUUGUACCAUGGCUCCAAAGACGAACGUGCCAUGAUCCGCAGCAACUUAAUGAAGCUGAAGGACCAGAAGAGUAUGGAUUUUCCGGUCGUUUGCACAUCCUACGAGAUCUGUAUGAACGAUCGAAAGUUUCUCGCGCAAUACCAGUGGCGAUACAUCAUAGUUGACGAAGGUCAUCGCUUGAAGAACAUGAACUGUAGGCUCAUUAAGGAGCUUCUCUCAUACAACUCUGCAAACCGACUCCUGAUCACUGGUACACCACUGCAGAACAACAUCACCGAGCUGUGGUCACUGUUGCACUUUCUGCUGCCGGAAAUUUUCAACGACCUCAACAGUUUCCAAAGCUGGUUUGACUUUUCCUCAAUGCUCGAUAACCGUGGGCAGACGGAUGUCAUAGAACGUCGGAAACGCACACUUGUCUCCACCAUGCAUUCAAUCCUGAAGCCCUUCCUUCUGCGGCGGGUCAAGACCGAUGUGGAAACUGCCUUACCAAAGAAACGCGAAUACAUUCUCUAUGCCCCUCUCACAGCGGAACAAAAGGAUUUGUACCGUGAGAUUCUUAAUGGCACGGGCCGUCAAUACCUCGAGGAUAAAGCCGCAGAACGACUCAUGGCCAAGAAUGAGAGGCUGUCCCGUUCGGCGAGCCUAAAACGCAGUGCCGACAGUAGUAACACUUCGACCCCCAACAAGAGCCUCAAAUCUAGCAGAGAUUCGACCCCAGCCAGUGGUACUAGUUCAACUCGCAGACGUAGGGCCGCCCAAAAUUACAAAGAGCUGAGUGACCGCGAAUUCAAUGCGCAAUUACGACGCCUCGAGCAAGGCUUGGAAGACGAUUUGGACAUACAACCGAGCCCUAGCGAUACUGAGCAAGAGGAAAUCGAAAGAGCAAAUACCAUCAAGCUUGCUAAGAAAGAAAUUGCUCAGAAGAAAAUGCAGAAUCCGGUCAUGCAAGCCCGUCUCGCCUGUAACUCUCCACAUAAUUUCUACUGGCCAUGGAGCGAUGACCCGGCCGCCAUCGACGAGACUCUUGUCACCGCAUCGGGCAAGAUGCUCCUCCUGGACCGCCUCGUGCCUUGUCUCCUGAAUAAGGGGCACAAGAUCCUCAUAUUCUCCCAGUUCAAAACACAACUCGACAUUCUUCAAGAUUGGGCCACCCAGCUCCGCGGCUGGAACUGUUGUCGCAUUGACGGCGCCAUCAGCCAGACAGACCGUCAAGCCCAAAUCAAGGCGUUCAACUCGGACCCGGGCUUCAAGAUUUUCCUGCUGAGCACCCGAGCAGGAGGCCAGGGCAUUAACCUUGUCGCCGCCGACACGGUAAUCCUCUACGACUCAGACUGGAAUCCUCAGCAGGAUCUUCAAGCGCAGGACCGCGCACACCGAAUUGGCCAAACAAGACCCGUCAUCGUCUACAGACUCGCAACCAAAGGAACCGUCGAACAGACUCUCCUCGAGAAAGCCGACUCGAAGCGCCGCCUCGAACGUCUCGUCAUCCAAAGGGGCAAGUUCAAAAGCCUCCUGGACCCGAGCUCGGCGAAUUACAGCGACGCAGAAGAGCUCAGGAAGGCUCUCGGUGAAGACGAAUUCGAGCGCUUCGAGACGGGUGCUAAUCCCACCGCGCUUCUGUCGCAGAAAGAUCUGGAUAUUUUGACUGAUCGCAGCGAGGAGGCGUAUGCGCGUGCCGAGAGGGGCCUGGAUCAGACUGGGCGUGCGUUCAAGGCUGUCGAGACGAAGAAAGAGGGGAACACCCUCAUGGCUCAGAUUACUGGAAAAUAG